CCAACUACUAUCUCGAUUAUUCACUCAACUUCUCUGAGGGAACCUGAGUCCGUGAGUAGAUGUGAUGUCGACAACAAGACGGGACCCACAACAGUUGGAGAAGCUGGUUGACGAGGUGCUGAAGAACAGCAAUUUUCAGGCAUUGGAUGACUUUUUGCAAGAUGAUAAGGGGACACCUUUAAAAUGUUCCAAACAAUUCCUCAUCAAAUUGGACAAACUUGUUAGUAGGGAAUUGGAUCAUCGAAAUGUCAAACACGCUUGUUUGGGACUCAACAUCCUGCACAAAUUUGGAAGUAUGGGUGUGUCUGGGAUGGUACUCCAAGGUCUUGUCAAAAAGAUGGUGCUGUGGUUUGAGAAAGCCAGGCAGUUGUGGAUUGAGACAGGCACACAGAGGAAUGAGAACUUACUAAACCUUGCUGAAGACUUAUUUGACUCUAUAAUGGUUGUUCAUGAAUCAAGUCGAGAGGGGACAUAUCAAGUCACUGAAUUCUUUUUGCAUCUUACUGGCCAGCUAGCUGGCGACCCACAAGUCCACAUAAUGAUCCAGAAAGAGGCUAUUCGGAAACUGAACAUCAUUCUGGAUAAGAUUCCGGUGGAGCUCAAGAAGGACAAGAAGAUAUUUCUGUCUCAAGAGGCCUCAGAUGUUAUGAAAAACCUGGCCAGUCGCAUUGUGGAUUGUGGAGAUUACGACCUGCAGAUAGCCCUCAUGGAAGCCCUGUGCAGGAUGACCACCCGCACGCAGAGGAUGGAGUUGGCUGACCGCUGGUUCACCAUGGAGUUCAUUGCAAGAGCAUUCUGCAAAAUUCAGGACUCUGCGUUCGAGACGGACUGUCGCAUAUUUCUAAACCUGGUGAACGGGAUGCAGGGAGAUCAGAGAAGGGUGUUCUCCUACCCUUGUCUGGAGGCAUUUCUGGACAAACAUGAGCUGCUGAUGCCCUCCGAUGAGAAACUGGAGGAGUUCUGGAUUGACUUCAACCUGGGAAGCCAGACAGUCUCCUUCUACUUUUCCCUGGCCGAUGAGGAUGCAGAGGAGGGCCAGUGGGACACUGUCUGCAUUAAUGAGAAUGAAGUCCAAAGUUACACUGUCACAGAGGAGGUUAAGAGGAAAGUGUUGAAGCUGGAGCUGCUGGAGCCUUUGUGUGUCAGCAGAGUGGAGGGCUCCAAGCUCACCAUCCACUUCAGUUCCUCCCUUGACAUCCUGAAGGCUGCCAGUAGUGUCUACGGACACAAGAAAAACAAAGCAUUUGUGGCCAAGAGCAGCACCUCUGUUGUAAAGACCACAGUCAAGAUCAUUAUGGAGGAAAAUGGUUUCUUGAUGGUGACUCCAGCUAAAAGUAGGGUGUCUGAGUCCAGCACUUUCAUUACCAGCAGCGGAGGAGGCAGGGGUGUAGGAGCCAGCCCCUUCAGCAUCGUCAGGGCAGCAUCCACUCCGGGGGGUGGCAAGGCCAAAGUGAAGCCGGUUUUAGAACUGGUCAGCUCGUGUGAAAGGCAAGGCCAACCAGGCCUGGGGAAGAUGAGGACUGCCAAACCCUGCUAUAACACGGCCCCUGGCUGCACACAGGGCCACGGCAAUGGGCCACAGGUCGCUCCAUUACAGAACAAAACUGCCAAGCAGGGCACAAGAGCUGGAUGUGUGGCAGAGAAAUACCGCAGGCACAUCCCAGUGGACAAAGCUGUGGAGAUGGUGCAGACUGACCCAGCGGGAGAUGAGGAUCUUUUAGCAGACAUUGUACCUGACUCCCAACCUAACAUAGCAACAGAAACGUCUCUAUUCCCCCACUGUAGAAAAAUGUCUGUGUCUCAGAUGUUCCUGCCAGUGCAGAAAGUUUUCCGGAAUUCUUUUCCCAAACCUGACCAACAGCAGCUCCAGUCACCUGCCCAGAAAGGUUCGGGUUCAGUCCCUGGGUCAGCAGUUAGCAACAGGCAGCCCUACGCCCAACUCAACCAGCGUCUGGAAGAGGUCCUCCAUGAGAGGGACCAGGGUACUUGGCCUGAAGAGAGAACUGGAUGCCAGAGAGGAGGGCCUGAAAAGCCAGAUGGAGCCCAGCGCAGAGAGGCCCAAAAGCAAUGUGGGGUCCAGGGAACAAAGCCUGAGGAGCGAGGUGGGGUCCCGGGGACAAAGCCUGAGGAGCGAGGUGGGGUCCAGGGGACAAAGCCUGAGGAGCGAGGUGGGGUCCAGGGAAGAGUGGCUAAGGAGCGAUGUAGAGUCCAGGGAAGAGGGGCUGAGGAGCGAGGUGGGGUCCCGGGGACAAAGCCUGAGGAGCGAGGUGGGGUCCAGGGGACAAAGCCUGAGGAGCGAGGUGGGGUCCAGGGAAGAGUGGCUAAGGAGCGAUGUAGAGUCCAGGGAAGAGGGGCUGAGGAACGAGGUGGGGUCCCGGGGACAAAGCCUGAGGAGCGAAGUGGGGUCCAGGGAAGAGUGGCUAAGGAGCGAUGUAAAGUCCAGGGAAGAGGGCCUGAGGAGCGAGUUGAGCCUACAGUGAGAGGUGCCAAAGAGUCACAGCAGCAAGCAGGAAGACUUCAGGCCGAGGGGAAACCUAAAAGCAAGAUGUCAAAUGAAGCUAAAGCCACCCCAGGGAAAGCCCCUGUCAAAACCCCCCAAGCUAAAGAUCUACAGGAGAGGACAACACCUAACACACCGGUGAAGCAGAUGAAGACCACUGAGUCAAACUCCAGUAAAGACAAGAGAGAAGCGGGGGUGACGGGCACCAUGAUGAAGUUCAUCUCCAGCCAGUACAAGAGCAGGGCAGCCAUAAACACUAAAGAACCAGGCUGGGCUCCUUCACCCAGUAACAGCAGAUCUGUUUUUGAAAGGAGUUGGUUGCCGCCAUCAGUGGUGGGAACUGGUAAAGGCCCAGGAUAUAUGAAGUCCUACACUAACUCCAAGAAGCCCCGUGUAGAACGACAAGGAGGGGAUGUGUUUGCAUUCGAAGUCGACACACCUAGGAGCACUGGGGGGAACAGAACAAAGUCCUCAGACACCUUUGCUAUUGAUAGCAGUGCCAACAACAACUCCUGGGCUUUGCCCAACUCUACCACCAAGGGCCAAGCCAUCAAGGUGUCUGCUCUACGGCGCCAAGUGAAGAAGCACCUGUUCAGCGACACGGACACUGAUGCCAUGACGGAGGUUAGCUGGCUCAGAGAGUCCAGCAGGAAGCCCAAGCCCAAAGUGACCGACUACAGCCGACGUCCCCGGCGUCACGUCCCCGGCCCUGCUCUCAACACCACAUACGAGUCCCCUGACUUACCACCUACCUUGCCCAAACCUGUGAAGGAGAAUGCCAAGCUAAAGAAGAAGAGACAUAGGGCAAAGUCGAGUGGUGAAGAGCGAAAAGACACCGUAGCACCGGUUGUGGCAGGAACCCGUCAAGCAGCCAGGAGGUCUCAAAGAGCUGCCGCCACCAACGCCAAGAGCUACAGGGAGCCCGACAGUGCUAGCCAAUCAGAGACAGAAGAGCGACCCCCUCCUAAGAAGAGGUGCAUUGGACCAGCAGAAAAGAGCAAGAACGUUUGUAAGAAGGUUGCAGGGUUGAUGAAGAAAACGGACAGCGCCAUCAAGAACAUCAUGGAGUCCAAUAGCACCUGCCAGUCAGAGACAGAAUCUCCUAAGGGAUACUCGGACAGAGCAGCAGAUAAGGGGUGUCUAGAGGCUGUAGAGGUGAAAACGUUGAGAAACGCCCCCUCCGUGGUACAGAUGAGGGUACCAAAGAAGUCGUCUUGGACCUCCAAGCUAACUUCAUUUGUUCCUUCCCCUCCCAGCCUUGAGAGGAUGAGAGCUGCACCAGAGAGCUCAUCGGUGGCCUUACCCCAGUCACCCCUCAGCCCGCUGGGUUCCCCGACCACCUCCCCUGUCUGCAUCCCCUCUACACCCCUGGAGCUGCCCCCCAACCCCCCUUGCAGCAGCGGGGGCUUCCAGACCUCCUCCUUCUACAGUGCCCCAGGAAGGAAGAGCAUCCACAGCAGUGCUAAGGCUCCCAUUCUACUAUCCCUCACUCCCACUUGCAAGACUCCUGUCUUCCGCACCCAGCGGCACAGUGCUUUAGAGCUGAGCCCUAUUAAGCUCACUGUCUCCCCAACCCAGUCGCAAGUGGGCUCCCCUUCCUCCCAGCCCCUCUUGACUUCCACAGCCCUGCAGAAGUCGGUGUUGCCUUCCCCUCUUUUUGCACCACUUCCCUCUCCAGGGGAGAUGAAUACAUUUUCCCCCCAUUUUGACUUCCCUGUCCAGCUGGGCCAACCUGCCUCCUUUAACAAGGUCUCCCGGGUGACGUUGAGCCAGUCCUCUUCCAAGUCAGUGAUGUCAUCAACCCGAGUGGAGGUGAUCAACCCAGCAGCCCUCUCUGCCGCAGUGGAGAAAACCCCAUAUUCUGAGGAAGGUCAUAAGCUGGAACCACAUAGCUUUCACCUAUCAGGUCCCUUUACUGGCCGCAAGCACCUCAAAUCUUGCCCCACUCCCACUAACACAGAGGGGGAGAAGUCAGAGAUGGUGGAAGAAGAGGGGAGGGGCAGAAUGAUAGGGUCAAAAGCUGCCAAGAUGAAGCCUAGGAAACUGUUUAAACCUGUUCAGGCCCGAGACGGGAAGGAACAGAACAGCUCUGAAGACGAGAAAGAAGAAGACGAUGAGGGAAAGAGAGGACGGGACACAAAGGAAGGUGUCUCCCGUGCACCCAAGGAACGAUAUCAUCACAUUCAGAGCAGCAAGAGUGCUUGUGACACAGAUGGGAUGGUGUCAUCCCACACAGUAACAUCGUCCAGCUGGGAAGCCAUUGUAGAUGUGGAGGCCGAGGGGGAAGUAGAGGGUGAUCUGGGUCUCCCACCUCACGACAUGGGCUCCAUGUGUCGUCAGUUCAGUUCUGAGCUCCAGAGAAAACUCCAGAAUCGCUCAAGGCGGAUGGAGCUGUACUCCAAGCAGUCUCUGAAGACUGUCAUGCAGCAUGUCUCCUCUGUCAGUGUGCAAGUUCAAAGCUACAGGUCUCAGAAGUUGGAGCAGUUCAAAGAUAUUCUACUGAAUGAGAUCAACAUGUUGGAAGAGGACAACACCACUCUGAUGGACAUGGAAAAAGAACUAACAACAUACUGGAGGAAGCAGUCUCUGGCUUUCCGCUCCUACCAGGAGAAAGAGACCCAAAGACUGCUGAGACUCAAGAGCACAUGCCACACCAAUGUGUUUCACACCCUGGAAUAUGAGGAGAGGAUCUUCACCUCUCAGAUGUGCAUGAUGAAGAAAGAUAUGAAGUCAGUUCAGGACAGACUCUUCAAGGAAAUGCAAGAUGAGGAAAUACUAAAUGUCAGAAGGGGACUACAGGCACUUUUUCUGCCAGAGAGACCAAGAUUCUGAACCCAGAUCAAGUAACUUUGCAUAUUUAUCUGUUUUGUUUGCCAUGUUAGUUGGGGUUCUACUUACAUAUAAAAUUAUCUUAAAAUAUA